AUGUCGAUAAAUCAUUAUCUCAGUAGUCAACAUACAGAAUCCAUAGAGUUUUCUUUGGAGAACCGAAUCAAUCCUGUUGUGGAAUUCUUGAUAGUCCUGGAUGCCGCCGCGGUCAAGGCCAACCCCGAGGCCGCAAUCGCCAAGCUUACAGCUGAAGCUGAGGCCGUUCGGGUCCUUGCGGACCGCACCGUUGCCCCCGCGCCGCUCAUUCUGACGCGCGUUGAGACCGCUGCCUCUGGUGAGGCUGUCGGACGCAAUGUGGACUCUGAGGGUGGUGCUCAUGGUUCCCCUACUGGUGGCUGGGGCGAAUCUAACUUUGGCAAUCUGUGUCCACUCCGUUGGUUUUGUUCCCACUGA